AUGGCAGAACAGCAGAGUUCAAUAGCGAGGGUGCCGUCGAGGUGCACAGCAGAGACGGCGCGGGCCAUGGUCGCGUUCGAGAUCGCCGGUUACAGCCUGCACAAGGGCCUCGGUAGAGGAAAAUAUCUCUGUUCCCCGGCAUUCUUCGUCGGCGGCUACGAAUGGUACAUCUGGUACUACCCCGACGGAAACGACGAGGAGAGUGAAGGUUACAUCUCUGUCUUCCUCAAGCUCCCGACCAAGAACGCAGAGGCGAGGGCGCUCUGCAAAUGGAAGGUUGUGGAUCAGAAUAAGGGGGUGUCGAUUGUGGUGCACUCGGGCAAAGAGCCACAAUUGUUUCACCGUCAAAAGUCUACCUGGGGCAUACCAAAGACCUGCAGAACGAUUGCUGAGUACUUGUACCUGCAGAACGAUUGCCUGGUGAUCGAGUGCGAAGUCAGUGUCAUCAAGGGAGCAAUCGAGGUCCAUGUGCCGCCCUCCGACCUUUUGGAUAAUCUUGCAACGUUGCUAGAGGGGAAGAAAGGAGCCGACGUGACUUUUAAGGUGCAAGGGGAGGUUUUUCCAGCUCAUAAGAAUUUGCUUGCGGUGCGAUCGGCGGUCUUCGAUGCGGAGUUCUACGGGCCGAUGGCGGACAAAGGGGCGCACGACAUAACUAUUGAUGACAUGGAGCCUGCUGUUUUCAAGGCAUUUCUUCACUUCAUCUACACGGAUUCAAUGCCUUCCAUGGACGAUCUUGAUGGUGAUGACAGAAGAGAAAUGGUUAAGCACUUGCUCGUGGCUGCAGACAAGUAUGCGAUGGGAAGGAUGAAGAUGAUUUGUGAAGGGAUGCUAUGUAAGUGUCUUGGCAUUGAGACCGUGGCAACCAUAUUGGCUCUAGCUGACCAGCAUCAUUGCAGCAACCUCAAAGAUGCUUGCAUUGAAUUUAUGCUCUCUUCGAAUAGAAUGGAUGAUGUGAUCGCAAGCCAAGGGUAUGCACACCUCAAGAGAUCUUUUCCUGGUCUCUUUGUAGAGUUGUUUGAGAGGACAGUUAAGUCCCGCAAAAUUUAG